UUAUUACCUACUAUUUUACAUUUACUUUUUAGACUUAAAUUAGGCGUAAAAUAGGAAUUAUUCUUGUUUUUUUAAAUAAUUUUUUCGAAAAAUAUAUGUAACAUGUAUAGCUCAUACAAUUAUGAGUUUAUAGUUAAUAGAAACGCGGAUGUUUAUACUUCAUAGAUAUUUUUUUAUUGAAAUCGUGUAAAUAAUUUGAUUAAACAAUCAGGUACCUACUCAUCACUAGUAUCAAUUUUAUUAUAUUACGUGUAAAAUCACCGACACAAGGUGCAAACUGAAUUAAAAAAAUUAAAAACAUAAAACAAUGUUGUAGUAGAAGCUGGAAUGUAACUAUUAAAUUGAAUCAUUGAAUUAUUAUUCAGAGAUAACUUUGGGAUAAAUGCCAAACGUAUAAAUGUAAAUUAAAUUAAAAAUAAUUAAAAAACAUUUUGUGAAAGGAACAAGAAUACUGCUAAUAUUUAAGUCUUAAUUAUUAUUAACAAAUAAAUACAAAUAAUAGAUAUUUUAAUAGCUUUUUACUAUUAACAUUCAGUGUAAAUAUAGUUUCUGAUCGACUUACCUAUAUGUAAUAAAAUAAUUAUUCAUAUCAAAUAAUCCUAACAAUUUAAUGCAAGGAUUCUCAUAAAUUGAUCUUACAGCAGCCUUAAAACACCAAAAAUACAUUUGUACAUCAUUUACAAAAUUUUAGUUCCCUAUUAUGGUGUAGGUACUAAUACAAACAAUAAAUUGCUAUUCGAAAAAACAAUUUCGUAUACCUAUUAUUAUUUACUAAAUACCUACAACUAAACUAAACUAAAAAUAAACAUUUGAUUACAUAUACUGAGUGCCUAUAAAAUAAUAUUAUAUAUGAAAAUUGAAUCUUUAUUACGAAUACUUAUCGUUUACACAUACCACCAAGAAAAAAUAAUUAAAAAUAUUAAAAAAUAAAGAACACAUCAUUGUAAAAUUAAUACAGUCAUCGAUCCGCUCAGAAUCUAGAAUUAUGGACUCGGAGUUUUAGAAAUCUAGUUGGUAUUAUAGUAUUUGAUGAAUUUACUGUACCUCUAAAAUCCAGUAAUCACAUUUUUAUUUAAUAAUUCAUAAAAUACAAUAUGCUCUUAAAAAAAUAUUAUUGUGCUUCUGAUAUUUAUUCACCACCUUAAUCAGUAAUUAAAUUGAUAAACGAAAAUAAUAAUUUAAAUAAUACCCAUAUCAUAUUAUUAUAAUCAAAAUUAUAAACUAUUUUGGUUUAUUGUUAUAUCAAAUUUCAAUGAACAAAUUGUUCCUUAACACGGAACUCUUUGAUACAAAAAGUUGCAUUAUAUUAUAUCCGUGGAUUCAUCAUAUUGAUGUACCUAGUAUAAUAUCUAUCAUUUAUUUAUUUAUCUAUGGCAAAUCUCAGAGUCAUUGCAGAAAACACAUUUGACUAAAAAUUCUAAAAUUUCAAUAAGCAAAGAAGAUAUUCUAAGUUCUGGCUGUAAUCUGGAGCGUUUCCUCAUGGGCGUCGCAGUUCACACACGUCACGGAUUCCGAUGAAAGAGUCGAUAAUUAAAACUGAACUUUUGGAUCGGAGAUAUGAAGACGCGCGCUGCAUUUUCCUUGGCGGAGAUGCACAGCUCUGACACUAGACAAUAUUAUACAUUCGAAGGGAACGCGUUUCGCCGGAAGAAUAAAUAAUUACAAGUAAAGUUUAUAAAAAAAGCAAAAAAGCCAACGGCACGUAGUGUUCCCCAAGCGGUCACCCAUCCAAGUACUAACUACGCCCGACGUUGGUUAACCUCAGUGAUCGGACGAGAACUGGUGUAUUCAACGUGGUGUGGUCGUUGACAAAUACGUAUUUGAAAAGGCUGUAAAAAAAUUACAAAUUGCAGAAAACUACAGUGAUGUAAAUACCAAUACUGAUGUAAUUAAUGCCAAAAGUCAACAUCGCAUGAGGGCAAAAAAAAAGUAUGAUUCUGACUCAAGCUCUGAAUCUCCGACAAAACUUAAUUAUCCAGUAAAAGUGACAUCUUCAAAGCGUUUGAAGUAUCCAAAUCCUCCUGAACCUAUAUUGCAUCAUCAAGUACAUUUAAAAUGAAAACUCAAAUAACACCAACAUUGGACAAUCCUGCUACAUCAACUCAACGUAUGAUGACAAAAUCACCAGAUAUGUUUGGCGACCUAGAUUUAUUGAACCUCAGUAGUAUUUCUAAUUCAAGUGAACUCAACAAAAUUCCAGAUUUAACCAAAACCGAUGAGAAUUUAGAUGAUAGCUUACUUUCCAAAUUAAGCAUGGAAUUAAGUAAAAUUGAUUCACUAUUUCCAACACAAUCCAUACAGAAGAUUUCUAAUCAGCGUACCACUAUAAAAAGUUCUGAUAUAAUGGAUAGUGAAGGAAAUGAUAAUUUUGAAUUUGAUGAUGUAAUAAAGAAUAAUAAACCAUUUUCAUCAAAAAACAAAAGUAAAAAAAUGAUCGAAACUAGCAGUCAGUGUAAACAUGAUUUAUCUGUUCUUGAAGAUCUAGCCGAAGUGAAGGUAAAGGUUCAAAAACUGUUGUUGAAUCAAAAUACAAUACUAAACAAGUUGGACAAAUUACUAGCAAAUAAUGAUCGUUCAGUUGAUAACUGCCUGCAAAAUAUUACAUCAACACAAAUUAAUGAAUUUGAAAUACACUUCAAUGACAAUUUUCCACUAAAAGAAUUAACACAAUUUCAUCAUAUUAAUGACAUUUUAAACAAUAAAGCAUACUACAGUCUUAUGAAAAAGAAACUAUUAAUGUAUGGUGGAUCAAGCAUUAAUGAUGUUACACGCCACAUUCUUAUAAAACUUUUAACCAAUGAAAUAUCAAAACUUAUUACUGGUCAUAAAGGAAAAAAAACAUGUUUUGCCAGUACAAACUAUUUUAAAGUAUUACUAGAAGUUUUCCGAGUCUUUUAUGAAUCAGCCACUGAGAAUGAUGUCAAACCUGCUAUUCAAAGCUGGUUUAAACAUGCACCUGACCGUUUAACUACUACACAGCAUAAAAACAAUGGACCCACCAAUUCAAAUGAUCAAAAUACAUAAUUUAACUAGGUAUAAUAAGAAUUUAUUAUACCUAUUUUAAACAGCCAUUGAUUUUUUUUUUUAUAUAUAUAUUAUUUAUUCUUAUAAGAAAUAAACUGUUCAAAUUAGAUGUAAGUAUUUGAAGUGUAUUAUGUUUACAUAAUAUUAUAUUAAGUGUAUUAAAGUGAAGAUUUUAUAAAAAAAAUAAAAAUAUUAUGAGUUCAAUUAGGUACCUACUAAUUAAAUUGACAAUAUUGUACAUGAUGAAUGGU